AUUCGACUUUGGAAUCUUUGGCACAGCGCAUCUGUAGGGAACCUUCCCAAACAAUACAAAACCUAUUCAUCACCGCGUUCACACGCGCUUUGCCUAUUCCAAUCCUUUUUUUGACAUUUCAACUUUUUUGAAAUUCGGAGAUUAAAGGAAUCAAAACCAAAUGUUUUGGCCAUUUUGAAGGAUGGUGAGUAGCGAUACGGUGAUGGACGAGCGCGGGGUUGAGUUUGCGACGGCGAUGCCUCUUUCGGCCAUAGCAGAGACGUUUGAGGAAUUGGCCAAAAGAGUGAAAGGAAGAAAGAACGAUGAAGAGCUUCGCUUGGAUACCUUCUGCGAAGCAGCCACACUCGUUUCUGUUCUUUUCCGUUGUCUUGGCCUCGCUUUCAAAUUCGCCGAAUUGGAAUACGUCGCCAAGCUACAUGGACUACUGGAAGCAUCAAAGACAUGUAAUACUCUGAAGGACAUAGUUGACUUUGAUGUUGCCAGUGACACGGUGAAAACAUCAGGAAGCUUUUCACGUAAUCUUCGUAGGGUUCGGCAGGGUCUUGAUCUCGUUAGAGCUAUAUUCGAACAACUUUUAUCAACUGACGAUAGUUCUCUGAAAGAUAUAGCUGCAACGGCUUAUGGGCAGGUUUGUGCACCAUUUCACACAUGGUCAGUAAGAACAGCUGUUUAUGCUGGGAUGUAUACACUUCCAACGAGAGACCAACUUCUGGUGAAGCUCAAUGAAACAGAGCAAUCAGCCGAGAAGAAGAUGAGAAGGUACAUUACUGCCUCACUUCCAAUUAUAGAAUACAUCGAUAAACUGUACCUUUCUCAAAAUAUUGCGUUGGACUGGUGAAAUCGAAGAAGAAGAAGAAGAAAUUAAGGCCCGCUCUGUUUGUUAGAAGGCAGUGCUGCGGCUCCAAUGAUAUCAGCAACCUUUAGUACACAUGCUUCAAUUUUAGUUGUACUAUAUAAGUUGUAAUUAUUUUAGUCUCUCAACGGCUGUGUUGGCCCUUAGGGAAGAUGCACAAAAACAAU